UAUUAAUUAAUAACGAGGUAACGAGGAGGUGCCGGUGUGGCGGCAGACCCAUUUCGGUCAUAUACAGAACAACAGAAGCUAUUAAAAAUCAACACUGAUAUCAUUUUAGAGCUACUUUUAAUCUUUGUUUGUUACCCGUCAAUCAAAAGCGUAAAAGAUUUUGAUCUCUGCUCUACAUAUAGAUUGAGAUUAUGCCAUUUGUGAACUAUGAGCGUGACCAAAAUAAAGCAGAUAACUUUUAGUUCACUAGCCAGGGCCACUCAAGCGCCGCCUUCACGAUAACCUGCAUAAUCCUGUCUAUAAAUAGGUUGGGUUAAGUAGUAUUUAGAAACAUUUGGAAAAAAGACACCGCCAAAAAUGUUCGUUUCCGAACUAAACGAAACCCAGCGCGCAACUUUCGAUCAGUUUAAAAACAACGUCAAAGAUUGUAAACUGCCCGACCCAAACGAUAAUUACAUCCUCAAAUGGCUUGUCGCACGAAAUUUCGAUUUGAACUUAGCCGAGAAAAUGCUGCGACACUCCGUUGAAUGGCGUCGUGCGAACCGAAUCGACGAAAUACUCGAUAACUGGGAGCCACCAAUCGCCCUCGUCAAAUAUUAUCCCUUGGGAAUAGUGGGUUGGGAUAAACAAUUUCGGCCAGUGUGGACCAUAGCAUUCGGUCACAUCGACUGGAGAGGAAUACUGCAGUCAGUGAGCAAGCGCGAUUAUUUGCGCUACGUCUGCUAUUUAGUGGAAAAGGGAAUAGUGGAAUUUAAAAAGUGCUCGGAACGAGCCAAGAAACCCGUUUCUACUUCAACAUUCAUUAUCGACAUGGAGGGGCUAUCCAUGAGGCAGAUGGGUUACAAGCCAUUCAGGGACAUUGGAAUCGAAACUGUUAAAAUCUUGGAGGCCAACUACCCCGAAGAUCUUUCUAAAGUCAUCAUCAUCAACGGUAUAUGCGCUUGAAACCCUAUUGCUUUUGGACAACCCGUUUUUGAUAGCUUUGUCUAUUAUUAGCUCCCAAGCCGUUCACCUUGGUAUUCUCCAUGGUGAAACCAUUCCUUCAUCAGGUGACGCUCGACAAGAUUAGCGUCUAUGGCUUCGACAAGAACGAGUGGAGCGCUGCUUUACUGAAAGAAAUCGAC